AUGUUUGCUGUGAAAAUUGACACAACGCAGGACAUAGCAACUCAGGACCAGUGCUCCAUUUUCGUUCGAUAUGUGGAUAAAACUGGCAGCAUCCAAGAAAGACUGGUGAGCAUUGUGAAGUGCGAAGAAACUACCGGCGAACCGUUUGUGCAUAUUGUUUCGGAAGUUAUGCAAGGGUUGAAUCUUGACCCUCUACAAUGCACUUGGAACGCAACUGACAGUGCAGCAAACAUACAGGCACACUAUAGAGGUUUCAGUACUCUGCUUUCGGACAAAGCUCCAAUGCAGAUCCAUGUUUGGUGCCACGCUCCUGUAUUGAAUCCUGUUGUUUCGGAGGCAACAAGCGCUGUAGCGAACAGUGCAUCGCUAUUUACAUUGGUAAACGAGAUUGCAGUGUUCUUUCUGGAGUCUUAUCAGCGGAUGAACAUCUGGAGCAGGCACUCAACAACUAUGAAGCGCUUGGGAACCACUGGUGAGACCAGAUGGUGGUCAAAAGAUGAUGCCUUGAGGAAGGUGUUUGAUUCUUUCAACAAUCCACUCGAAGCUCUUUUUGUUGAAGUGAUCACUAGCCUCAACGCUAUACUUAUUGCUGACAACACCCAAGCAGUCGUAGUUGAAGCUAAAGUAAGAGGAUACAUUGAUGCUCUACUCAAGUUUGAAACAGUGCUCACGGCGCAAGUUGUUUCUGCAAAUAUUUUCACGCACUACAGCCCUUUCUAA